CGGGCACCUGGGCGAAUUACUUCUCUGGCUUGAUGCAAAGUGCUGUCCGACAGUCAAGUUUUCGCAGUCGGGUCUUUCGUUUUUCGUGCCGUUUGCUUCAAUUCCGGAGGGGGAAAAAAAGAAAAGAAAAAGAAUAGAAAGGAGGUGCAGUCUUCAUCCCGCUUGGAUCCAAGUAUGCCUCCCAAUUCUCGAGUGUAGCUUCGCCAAUUCCAAAAACGGGUCCGCAGCCACGCAGUUUUGAGUCCUCACCGCAGACCCGCCGCGCCUUGACGACAUGGUUCCAGGGUAUUGCGUCGACAAUUCCCCUUAGAUAUUUUGACAUCCCAACCGCCGGAAGGGCCCCUUGUUAGGAACUAUUCAUCAUUGGCUUGAGGUGUUGUUUACCAUUUGAGGCCUGUCGUAUGAAUGCUUUUUUUGCAAUAGUCCUUCGUCCAAACCCCGAAACCCGAAAUAUAUAAGCCGGCUGCUGUCUGCCGUAUCUAUGUGGCCUCCCAUCAAGUUCAGCCCAAACUCGAGAAUGGCGACAAAUCGAGCUGGCCGGUUUCUGGCUGGCAUCCUUGGCAUCAAUGUUGACUACCGCCAGGAGCCAGAAGAUACCUUUCGUUCUGCAGCUAAGUCUAUCUCUUCUGUAGAUACCUUUGUCGAGAAUGAGCCAACGGUUGCCGAAUGGGUCUCGGACCGUCGGCCCACUGUCAAUGAUACCAAGAGAUACAUUAAGAGCCUAUUCCCGUUCUCGUCAUGGAUCUUCCACUACAAUUUGCAAUGGAUGCUCGGAGACAUCAUCGCUGGUGUCACUGUCGGAUUUGUCGUCGUCCCGCAAGGGAUGGCAUAUGCCCUUCUGGCUCGACUACCUGCAGAAUAUGGACUGUACACGUCUUUUGUGGGUUUCCUGUUUUACUGGAUAUUUGCGACGUCAAAGGACAUCACUAUUGGGGCGGUCGCUGUCAUGUCCACGAUUGUUGGAAACGUCGUCAUCAAAGUUCAAGACGUUAACCCCGAUAUCCCUGCCGAGCAAAUUGCUCGGGGCCUAUCCGUCAUCUGUGGAGCGUUUCUGCUCUUUGUCGGCCUAAUCAGAUGUGGCUGGAUUGUCGAAUUCAUUCCUCUUGUGACAAUUACGUCUUUCAUGACAGGCGCAGCGAUAUCGAUUACCGUGGGCCAGGUACCUGCAAUGAUGGGUAUUCGUGGCGUCAACACUAGAGAAGCAGCGUACAAGGUAAUCAUAAACACCUUGAAAAAUCUCCCGAAUUCCCAACUUGAUGCAGCGCUGGGAUUGAGUGCGUUGUUCUUACUGUAUGGGGUUCGAUGGUUUUGCGGAUUCAUGUCCAACAGGCAGCCAAACAGACGGAAAAUGUGGUUUUUCAUAUCCACUCUCAGGAUGGCUUUUAUUAUUCUCCUAUAUACGAUGAUAAGCUGGUUAGUCAACAGAAAUAUUCCGGACGAAAAAGAAGCCAAGUUCAGAAUCCUCGGGACGGUCCCGAAAGGGUUUCGACACGCCGGAGUUCCACAUAUGGAUCAGCGGCUCGUUAAAUCCUUUGCGUCGGAUAUCCCCGCGAGCAUUAUCGUUCUUAUCAUAGAACAUAUUGCCAUCUCUAAGUCGUUCGGGAGGAUUAACAACUAUGUCAUUAAUCCUUCCCAAGAGCUGGUCGCAAUUGGAUUUACGAACUUAUUCGGACCGUUUUUAGGUGGCUAUCCGGCCACCGGGUCUUUCUCACGUACAGCUAUUAAAGCCAAAGCUGGUGUUCGAACUCCACUCGCUGGGGUGUUCACUGCACUCAUUGUGCUGUUGGCUUUAUACGCUCUGACAUCAGUUUUUUUCUACAUUCCUAUGAGCACAUUAGCCGGACUGAUCAUCCAUGCUGUGGGUGAUUUGAUAACGCCACCUAAUGUUGUCUAUCAGUUUUGGGAAAUCUCUCCGCUUGAAGCUAUCAUCUUUUUUUCUGGUGUGCUGGUAACUGUAUUCACUCAGAUUGAGAACGGCAUUUAUGCAACUAUUGCCGCCUCGGCCGCAGUCCUUUUAUUCCGAACAGCCAAAGCCAAAGGAAACUUCCUGGGAAGAGUGAGCGUCUAUCGUGUCACCCCAGACAACUUUCCUCGCAGAGGCGAUGGCCAUGCGUGCAAAGAGGACCCAGGAUGGUCCGUGAGAGAUGCAUUCAUCCCUAUGGAGCAUCAAGACGGUUCAAACCCUUUGAUCGAUGCACAAUCACCCUAUCCAGGCAUUUUUGUCUAUCGAUUCAACGAAGGAUUCAACUACCCAAAUCAAGCCAGGUAUCUUGAUACUCUGACGGCACAUAUUUUUAAAGAGACCCGACGCACUCAACUAGAGAGAUAUGAUAAGAUAGGAGAUAGGCCGUGGAAUGACCCUGGCCCACGAAAUGGGGAGCAAAUCAAUAUCAACGACAAUCGCCCAAUUCUCCGUGCAGUCAUCCUUGACUUUUCAGCGGUUAACAACGUCGAUGUAACGUCAAUCCAAGGACUCAUCGACAUUCGAAAUCAACUCGACCGCUAUGCUGCCCCCGAAAUCGUCGAGUGGCACUUUUCUAGUAUAAAUAACCGCUGGACAAAGCGUGCACUGUCCGCAGCAGGCUUUGGUUAUCCAAGUUCCGGAUCAAUAGAAUCACUUGGCCACUGGAAGCCUAUAUUUAGCGUGGCAGCGCUUUCGGGCGCAGAAGCUGAUUCUAUCACAACGCAUAAAGCGUCUGAGAGCUCCGAGAUUGACGGCGUCGACGAGAUUGAGCCGUACGGCAACCGAGGCACUGGAAGGAAAGAGCUGAUCCGAAUCCCAAGGAGGAUUGCUAAUGUUCAUGGCAUCAACCGUCCAUUCUUCCAUAUGGACGUGCAAGCCGCAGUUGAGAAUGCGAUUCUGAAUGCUGAACAUAAGAAUGCGACUCUAGUUUCCACACUUGAGGAUAAGGACCCGGCGAAGGAAUGAAGCGACAGGCGUUUACAUGAUAUCCUGAGAAUAAUCUUUUUUUUGGGUCUUUUCUUGCGAUCUUAUUUACAUUUGACUGGAGAACAGCCGGGUCUUGGCCAUAGCAAGCGCUCGUUCAUUUUCAUUUUAGUACUUUCUCGGGCCCAUAAUUCGGGGACUAGCUUUGGAGGAUUCAGAUUGUCUAAGGAGGAAGCAUACUCCAGACCUAAAAUUCUCACCCACAUCGUCUACAUAGGUACAAAAGGAGAGCAACUGGUGCGUUGUGGCAUAAGGGAUACACGCAUAUAUUACACUUUAUAGAAGCAGAAUG